CCUUUCUGGAACCAUCACAGCCAGUCAGGCUUUCAUUCUCACACCCCCAAGUAUUCUCUUUGGUUGUGUCAAUCUUAAAGAGCAAAUGACUGUCUCAUUAUCAUCACCAACAAAAUACACGCACAACACACACUAAAACAUAAUAUACAUGUUCCCCAGUCCAACCUUCUUUUUUUUUUUUGUCUUUGUUGAGUUUGUGAACUCAAGAAAACUGAAGAUGGUGGGACUGGAGAGGUUCUUGAUAACUUUUUUUGCUUUGCUGGCAAUCUGCAAAACUCCACGGGCAGAUGAGAAGCUAUUAGAUGCAUCCCAGUUGAAAAUGUUCGUUGAUGAGCUUCCUGAUAUGCCCAAGAUCAAAGGAUAUGAUGUUGUCAAUGGCGAUCCUGUUCCUAAAUCACUGAUUAUUGGCAUGUUUCACAAGAAAUGGAAAUUCCAUAGGGAUAUCCCUGCAACACCAGUGUUUGCAUAUGGUACAUCGGCACAUACAGCCACAGUCCCUGGACCAACAAUCGAGGCCGUUCACGGGAUCGGUACGCAUGUGAGUUGGCGAAAUCACCUCCCUUCAAAGCACAUACUCCCAUGGGAUCCAACAAUUCCAACGGCUAUACCUUCUACGAAGGAGGGAGUUCCUACGGUGGUGCACCUUCAUGGUGGCAUUCAUGGACCUGAGAGUGAUGGGCAUUCAGAAUCAUGGUUCACUAGGAAUUUUAAACAGAGAGGACCCACUUGGACUAAGAAAAAGUUCCAUUAUCAUAACAUUCAACACCCUGGAACCCUAUGGUACCAUGAUCAUGCAAUGGGGUUGACUAGAGUCAACCUCUUGGCUGGCUUGAUUGGGGCCUACGUCAUCCGCCAACCGGAUUUAGAGGUCCCACUUGGCCUGCCGUAUGAUGAUGAAUUUGAUCGGCCGUUGGUCGUAUUUGAUCGUGGCUUCCGUGUUGACGGUUCGAUUUUCAUGAAUUCCACCGGAAAUAACCCUACCAUACACCCUCAAUGGCAGCCGGAGUACUUUGGCGACGCGAUCAUAGUCAACGGUAAAGCGUGGCCCUACAUGAUCGUACGGCGGAGAAAGUACCGAUUCAGGAUCAUCAACGCAAGUAACGCUCGAUUCUUUAAGUUCUAUUUCACUAAUAAUUUGACGUUCAUCCACGUGGCAUCUGACUCAGCGUAUCACGAACGGCCGGUGAUCCUUAAAGAAAUGUUAUUGGCCCCGUCCGAGAUUGCUAACGUGGUGGUUGACUUUUCAAAGUCAAAAUCCAAUUCAGCUAUCCUAGCCAAUGAUGCACCGUAUCCCUACCCAUCAGGAGAUCCUGUUAAUGAAGCUAAUAGUAAGGUGAUGAAAUUCAUCAUUAGCACACAUCACGAAGUCGACGAAUCAAGAAUCCCGGAAAAAUUGAUCAAGUAUCCGUCGUCCGAUGCAUCUCCGGUGGCCCACACAAGGUACAUUGCCAUGUAUGAGUACACUAGCAACAUUGAUGAGCCUACACAUUUGUACAUCAAUGGAAAACCAUUCGAGGCACCCGUAACUGAGAUGCCAAAAGUUGGGAGCAGUGAAAUUUGGUAUGUGAUCAAUCUGACGGAGGAUAAUCACCCAUUGCACAUCCAUUUGGGGCUUUUUGUAGUGUUGGAUCAGACAGAGUUGGCUAAGGAAGAUGAAUUUAAGGAUUGCAUGCUGAAGUACAAUGAUGCAAUUAAGUGCCAUGUCAGCAAAUACGCACGUGGCAAAAAGGUGUUGGUGCCAGCUCAUGAAAGAGGGUGGAAGAAUGUGUACAAGAUGAUGCCUGGAUAUGUUACAAAGAUACUAGUGAGAUUUUCUUUCAUACACUCGAAUGAAUCCUACCCCUUCGAUGCAACUUCGAAGCCUGGCUAUGUCUACCAUUGCCAUAUCUUGGAUCACGAAGAUAAUGUGAUGAUGAGGCCCUUGAAGCUUAUUGCUUGACGAGUCAAAGCAGGAUAUAUGAUUAAUGAUGUAUGGACCUGUGCAGGCUGUAUUGAGCGCUAAAUACGUACGUAAAUAUUAGGAGGGGGAAAAGAAGGAAAAGAAGUUACAGAAAAGUUUUGUACUUCCAUGCUAAGUUGAUUGGUAGUACGUAAAUUUUCUGUAACUUCCAUACUAAAUACGUACGUAAAUUUUCCCCCACCUCCUCCCCCCAAACACAAAAAAAAAUAAAAGGGUUGAUUGGUAGCAGAGGAAUCAUUCUGCAGGAGGUAUUUCAUGUAACAAGCCAGUUUGGGUGGGAGAUUAUUUG